AAGUUCAGCGCUCGUUCAGUGCCUGGAGGGGAGCUGCCGGACUCGGGGCAGUUUCCUAGCUCUUUCCCGCUCAAGCCACCGUGCAAGAUGAGCGCAGCCGUGGAGGAAGCUGUCUUGCCGUCUAUCUCCACCUUUGCCGGAUUGGUGCCGCUGGAAGACCGGCAGCCCGACAUGGUACAGCAGCAGCAGCAGAGGAUCCCCACCCACGUGGAGGGCGCCGCGACCAUCAAGAGGGAAGCGGACGAGCUAGGGAACUUCGUCGACCUGGAGUUCAUCCUGGCGCACACCACGAACGGGCAGCCCACGGGGGUGGCGGCGCCCCCGCACCCCAACCCCAACUACCCGUUGCCCGAGACUCCCGAGAGCUGCGGCACCACCUACGACAGCGACAGCUCCAACUACCAGCAGCCCUCCAACAAGUUCGCCGCGUCCUACAUGCCCAGCCCGGGCCACAGCUACAUGGCCGAGCUCUUCACGCAGGACAUGCAACAGCACCCGGCAGCAGGGCCGGGCCCUUGCGAGCUGCAGCGGCGGGAAUACACGGAGCUGCGCGCCCCUGGCUUGGCCCACGCUCCCCCAGGCUUAGCUCGGGGCCUCUCCAUGGAGCACCUGCGCGUCAAGCAGGAGCCGAUGGACGGGCAGCCGUGCAUGAUGAGCGGCAGCCCCGAUUGCCUGGGGCCCGCUCCUCUGGACCACAAGCCCCUCCUGAUGCAGGCCAUGAUGCAGCAGCAGCAGCAGCCCCUCCCGCAGCACGCGCCCUCCGGCUUCCCCAGCGAGCAGAUGAGCCCCGCGGCCCAGUGCCAGGUGGCUGGCGACAUGCACGCGCAGAUGGGAGCCCCCCAGCAUUACCCCCGGGGGGCCCACCUCUUCCCGCCCAACUUCGCCGGGCAGAUGCAGCCCCAGUUCCGUGGACACUUCAGCGUCUUCCGGGAGUCCUUGAACGCGCACGCCCAGGGCCUGCACGGGCUGCUGGUAACGCCGCCCAACUCGCCCGUCUUGGAUUACUACGCCCCGAUGGGGCCCCCGGAGGAGUGCAAGCCGAAGAGGGGCCGCAGGUCCUGGGCGCGCAAGCGCACGGCCACCCACAACUGCGAGUUCGCCGGCUGCGGCAAGACCUACACGAAGAGCUCACACCUCAAGGCGCACAUGCGGACCCACACGGGUGAGAAGCCUUAUCACUGUAACUGGGAAGGCUGCGGCUGGAAAUUUGCACGGUCAGAUGAACUAACACGCCAUUACCGCAAACACACUGGUGUCCGGCCCUUCCAGUGCCACCUCUGUGACCGUGCCUUCUCCCGAUCAGAUCACCUGGCCCUGCACAUGAAGAGGCAUGUGUGAAGCAUGGCCUGCUCCCUGGGGCACCUGGGUGGGAUGUGGUAGGGAUGAAGAAGAGGGGGGUGGGACAGGGACGCAAAGAGACUCUGAACUCUAUUUAUGAAGGGAUGGAAUAUUUUCUUAUUGGAAGAGGUAAAUUAUGUAUAUAUUAGUAAAACAUUUUAAUAUUUAAAGAGGAAACCCAGUUGGUUCUUCCAUGGCAAUAUGGAAAACGUUUGUGUAUUUAAGAGUGAAUAGUUACACAGAUCUAACUGCAGCAGAGUAUAUGAAAAAUUGCACUGGAAAUAUUUGUGUGUGGGCACUAUAAUUGUGGCAGCAUAUCUCUGCUAUUCCCAUUCCAAAUCUUCAGUGUGCACACAGCCAUAGUUCAAAGACUAUGUCAAUUGCCUCAAGCGAGUUUAACUUUUUAAUGUUUUGCUCUGUACAAUGGUCUUUAUUUUUUAUCUUGUAAUGUAAAAUGCUUGCUCUUGUCGAACUACCUUUUUAUAGUAAGUAUCCUUGAGGAAAAGAGGGACAAAUUUAAACUUGCUGGCUCCUUUUGUUCAAAGGGAUGGUGCCAAAAGGGACAGAUUCAAAUAGCUUGGCUUGAGCUAAGUUACCCCAGUGAAUUCAAACAUCUGCAUCUCAUACCAAAUUUUUUAAAUAAAAGAUAGAUUUGGGGGGGGUUACCUCUCCCCCCCCUGUAUAUAAUGACCAGGGAAGGGACUAGGGGGAAGUCAGUGCAAGACAAUCCUGUUGAUACUUAACUCAGAAGCAAGUCCCAUUUGAGUUUAAUGGGACUAACAGCACAAUCCAUACAUUCAAAAAAAAGCACCAUUGAGUUUAGCAAGUGUUCUAAGGUGGCCAAGCUGAAAAUUAGGACAAGACUCCGGCAUCUUUAAUUAGUUGUAUAGUUGUAAGUUGUCACGCAGGCUUACAUCUUCUACACAACUUUUAUUAAGCGGAGGAAUCCUGUCUUUUUUUUCAGCCAUUAACCCCAAAGUAUACCUAGAGUUGCAAUGUUAAUUCCCCCUUCCCCUUGUCCUGCUCAGGGAUGCUGCUAAAGCAUUGCCAAAAUUGCCUUAACAUUCAAAUACACUUUUUUCCUGCAAAAUUGAGAUAUCGCAUAUUUAUAGGCAAAACCUUGAAAAAGUUGCCGUAUAAAAGUAUAAAUGUGUACUACUUUGGUGCUGUCAACCAGCUAAAAUUCUUGUGGAUGCGAUCUUUGCUUUCAAGGGAACAAGUCACACUGAAAGCAGUGGGAGACACUUUUAAAUAAGUUUAUAUAGAAUUGUGCUUUGGCUGGCUAACUGUACAAUCCUAUAUGUUUACUGAAAAUUAAAUCCCACUUUUUUUUCAGCAGGGCUUACUCGCAGAUAAGUGUGCAUAGUACUGCAACCAAACUGUCUUAGCUUUUAACUGACAAGAAGAUGUCCAUACAUCUGCUUAGUUGCAAUACCUCUAGGUGCUUUGUGAGAAUGUAACAUGAUUUUCAACCUCUUGUCUUCGUAAAUGGGAAAGAAAGCCAUCUUUGCUUGCUUCUUAAACAAAUGUGUAAGGCAAGGAAUGCUCCAAGACUCUUGUAGAUUUAUGUGCUAGCGACAUUUUUGUAAAAGUACAACUGAAAACUAUGGUUCUGUUCUUGCAAUCAUUUGUCCUGAACUGCCCAUUUCUUUGCUCAAAGCAAAGAUGGUGUUUGGAUCAUGAAAGCAAUCUGUUCUACAAGGCUAAUGAUUUGGUUGAUUAACUGAUAACCUUUUAAAAUCUGUUUUGGUGUCUCCUUCCAAAGGAUGAUCAUGAAGCCAGGUACUGCUGCAGCUGCAAUCCCUCUCCUACAACUGCCAUGGCAGCUUUUUUACUUUUCAUUUUUUUGUAAAGGGCAUUUUUGUCCAUUUCUGCUAUACUUGAAACUUUCUUUCCGAAGAGAAAAGGACCCUCUCAAUAUGUAGCUCCUGCAAACAAGUUGUAAUUCUUUUUAAAAAUGCUGUAAAUGUAUUGUUGUUUUUUGUUGUUGUUUUUUAUAGGCUGGGUAAAUGACCUCAGCCCUGGUAUGUGCACUGCACCUGUCUGUAUUAUAUUGUUAAUAUUGUGUGUGUGUUUGGCUUGGGCCCAUCGAGCAAUCUACCGUGCAAAAUGUUAGUUUUCUCUAUAUGCAUACCUUUUAAAGAUUGUUGAUCUGAUGCAGACAAAUAAUAAAAAAUCUGAACUAAA